AUGUUUGGGAGCCAAGAUCACCCGACUGGAAACAUCACUGGGUUUAAAGUGGGAAGUUUUGAAGAAGAAAUGGAUCCUGUUCGUUCUUGGGUGCGGAAUGUCGGCGUUAUUGACGCAAACAUAGCGGCGCAGAGUGGAGUGGCCUUAUCCCGUGCUCACUUUGAAAAGCAACCUCCCUCCAAUCUCCGAAAGUCCAACUUCUUCCAUUUUGUUCUGGCGCUCUAUGACCGCAAUGGGCAGGCCGUGGAAGUGGAGAGGACAGUGUUUGUUGGCUUCGUGGAGCAGGACAAGACGGGGGAAAAGACCAAUAAUGGAACUCACUACAAACUCCAGCUCCUCUACAGUAAUGGUGUUCGCACAGAACAAGACCUUUAUGCACGUCUCAUUGAUUCUGUCACUAAACAGCCCAUAUCGUAUGAGGGACAGAACAAGAAUCCAGAAAUGUGCCGUGUUCUGCUAACUCAUGAGGUCAUGUGCAGAUUUUUCUUGAAGUUUUUCCUAAAGUGCAAUCAAAAUUGUCUGAAGACAGCAGGGAACCCCCGAGACAUGAGAAGAUUUCAGGUGGUUCUGUCCACUACAGUCAGUGUGGACGGUCCCGUCCUAGCCAUUUCUGACAACAUGUUUGUGCACAACAACUCCAAACACGGACGCCGCUCUCGUAGAACGGAUUCGAACGAGAUGGUGGAGACUUGCAUGGAAUAUGCUGCUCCCUGUAUCAAAGCCAUCAGCCCCAGUGAAGGCUGGACUACAGGCGGGGCUAUGGUGAUUGUGAUCGGGGAAAACUUCUUCGACGGUCUGCAGGUGGUGUUCGGGAGCAUGCUAGUGUGGAGCGAGUUAAUCACUCCUCAUGCAAUCCGAGUUCAAACUCCUCCUCGACACAUUCCAGGGGUUAUAGAAGUCACACUGUCUUACAAAUCUAAGCAGUUCUGUAAAGGAACCCCGGGCCGCUUCAUUUAUACAGCGCUGAAUGAGCCAACUAUUGACUACGGCUUCCAGAGACUUCAAAAGCUGAUUCCUCGACAUCCUGGUGACCCCGAAAAAUUGGCAAAGGAAAUGUUACUUAAAAGAGCAGCAGAAGUUGUUGAAUCACUCUAUGGAAAUACCACCAGCAAUCAGGACAUGUUGCUGAAACGGGCUGCAGAUAUAUCCGAGGCUUUGUACAGCGUGCCACGACCUCACAGUCAGCUGCAGGCCAUGCCGAGUUCCCCGGUCCAUGGCAGCGUCAUGGGCCUCAGCUCUUAUCCCACACAGCUGGCUGUAAGCAUUGGAGAACCUGGGCAAACCAGCAGCCAAGGUUACACCCGCAACCCAAGCGGUUUGUCCCUGCGGGGCUACCCUUCAGCAUCGACCCCUCAGCAGUCCUGCUAUGGAUCCAAUGGAGGCAUGAAUGUGAGUUACGGGGCAGUGCCCAUGAGUAGUCUGGGUGUUUCAGGCUCACCUGGCUUUAACAGUGCCUCCCCAAACAGCUCUCCUUAUGCUAUCAUGCCCUCUAGCCCCACUGUACCAGGCUCCAGUUCCUCAUCCUCCCUCUUGUCCUUCACAUCUUUCCCAUCCUCGACCAAACAAAAAAGUGCCUUUGCUCCUGUCCUGAGACCACAGGGUUCUCCAUCACCUGUCUGCCACACCUCAGGAGGCCCCAGCUUUAGAGCAAUGACAGGCCUUGUGGUUCCCCCAAUGUAGAAGAUGAGCCUUUCCAGUCAUAAGCUCUACAGUCUGAACUAGACUGACACCAACGUUGUCUCCGUGAAAAAGAUACAGUUG